AUGCGGGAACCGCCCAUGCAACAUAAGGUGUUCGAAACCAGUGACUGGGCCAGCACUCAAAUAGCUCUAGAAGCAGCUCUGGUUGCUCAUGACCUUCAAAGUUCGGCAAUACACGAACUGCGAGGAAACUUUGCGGCACAAGAUAACAACAAAAUUCACUUGGCAGCGCUGUUUAAGGAUAACUUCCCAACAGGUCAGGCAAUCACUUUACCGAAACAACAGAUAUUUGACACUGCAGUCAAACUAGAAUCAUCGGCCAUUAGUGCCAAACGGAUUUUAAUUUGA